CAAACACAACCUCAAUCUCCUGCAGAGGGAAACACUCAUUUACAAAUUAUAAAUAAUUUUCCAAAACAAAAUAUAAAAAACUUGAAUUCAUACGAUUACCUGCAUAAUUCUGAAAAUAUUUGUUCUCAAUUAAACGAUACUAACGAAAUGAAAUCAUCGAAAAAACAUAAUAAAAAUCAAAGAACCUUAAAAGUGGAAACCGUGGGGAAGCCUGCUAAUCUGCUUAUUGAAGAUGUUGUUACCAAUGACACAUCACGCACUCUUCCAAAAUGUGAUAUAGACGAACAGGAACUGCAAAGAGCAUCAAAGGAAAUAAAUCGCAGCAAUCGUCGUAUUAUCAAACAAUCCUUCGUGUCGGAUGUUUUAGAAAUUCCAGAAAGAAUAGAGCAGAACGGUACCGAUAUUGAAAAACCUAACGCAAAAACAAGUAAAUCUGUUGACGUUAGUAGUAAUACAGAGGAAGAGGAAGAUGAUUGGGAAACAAUGUUUGAUGAGAGUGGUGAAUGCUUGGAUCCAAAAAUUUUAGAAGAAUUAACAGCAUCUGUUGGAAAAGUAAAAAUUGAAUUACCAAAAAUGGAUUAUAAUACAUAUUUAACAAAACAAACAAUUUUAAACGAAGAAGAGUUUCCACAUGUUCUCGAAGUUUCAAAUUUUCCUGUUGAAUUUAAGAAUCAAGAUCUUUUAAUGUUAUUCUCACAAUAUAAAGAAUCUGGUUUUGAUAUAAAAUGGGUGGAUGAUACUCAUGCCUUGGCUGUGUUUAGUAGUUCUCGUAUAGCUGCUGAAGUUUUAUCAAUGAGACAUCCGUUUGUGGUAUUAAAGCCAUUAGCUGAAGCUACAGCAGAAUCUCGACUAAAGGCAAAGAAAUGUGCUACAUCCUUGCAACCAUAUCGUCCACGUCCUGAAACAUGUGCUGCACUUGCACGACGCCUGGUAACAGGUGCUUUGGGUGUUCGCUUAAAAACUGCCGCUGCAGAACGAGAAAAUGAAAAACGUGUCCUACGUGAAGCCAAAGAACGAAAAUUACUGGCAGCUAAGCAACGUGAUGAAGCAUGGGAUAAUUAGGUGAUUAAUAUAAAUAUUGCAGACUUGCCUCCUUAACUAUUCUCUGCCAUCCUUUUUGUGUACGUUGUCUUUAAAGACUUUCUAUGAAAUAUAUAAGAAUAAGUUAAUAUCAAAUAUGCAAACAUUGCAUUUUAGCAGCUUUAAGAAUAAAUGUUUUAAGUAUAAUAAUUUAAAAAUUAUAAUUGUAAAAUAAGUAAAAUUUUAAUC